GUGCCAUCGAUCCCAACGACGCGCCAGAGUACCAAACGCCAUGGACUUGCAGCAUCAUCGGUGGUUCCGGCCCAUCUCCCUCGCCGCAGCCGUCGCCUUCGCCAGCGCCGGUACCGACGCCAAGCCCACCGAACCCUGCGCCAGGCUUGGCGUUCACUACAGGCACUGCCGGCACGGGAAAAGCCAGACUCUUUGAGUUCGUAAAUGCGUUGACCGACCAGCCAGUUUCGGGGUCCAUGGCCAGAGCAGUGCACUCUUCUGGUGGGGCCGCUGGAGGUGUGGUGAGUGAGAGCCAGGGGUAUGGGCUGCUUCUGACCGGUGCGAUCCUGGCCUCCCUGCAGCCGACUGAUGCCGACUACCAGCGAAUCACGACUCUCACCCACGAGAUGUUCUUGGGCUGGCGUCGCAUGUGCGAGCUUUCAGCAUCCAGCGGCAGCUGCCAAGAUGAUGAGGGCUUCCAGUGUGGAGGUUCUGCCCCAGACGGAGACGCAGAUGCGCUGGCCGGCAUGCUGCUGGCAGUAUUAGCUCUGGAAAAGGAGCCGUCGCCACCAAAUUGGUUGGACGAGGUUGGCCAGUGGGCAUAUGACACCUGCAAGCAGUUCUACAUGAGCUCCACUGUGGAAUCCAGCUCCGGCAACCAUCGCAUCGUCAAGCUGGGUGCCUGUUGGGGCGGUUGGGGUGGUCAGGGCCAAAACCCAAGCUACCACGCCCCGGGCGUGUAUAGGUUGUGCCGCAACUACAUGAAGUCGCAUGAUAUUCGCUACGGCACAUCAGCCAAUGAGGGCGACACGUGGGAAGUGGAGUGGAACAAGGUCAUCGCAACCACCUACAAGGUCUUCGGAGCCACCCAGUGUCCUUCCACGGGUCUUGUGCCCAACUGGGCCAAGGUCUUUGAAGAGGGCCAAAGCCUCCGAGCCACUACAGGGUUCUCUGGCAGCGGCACGCCGGGCGCGGAGUAUGGCGCAGAAGCAAGCCGUGCUGUUUGGCGCGUGGCGCUGGACUACUUGCUGUUCCCUUCUGAAGCCGGAGACGCCGCUGGCUUCUUGGACCCACUGGCAGCACAUCUCGAGACCAAGGAGACCAACGGGAACUGGGCUGCAUCCCUGAACGUUGACGGCGGAUGCCUAGUCGAUAGCAUCCACAGCGGCUGGUCAUCGAACAUGUUUAUGGCUGGACCUACCUUUACGUGCCUGGUGAGCCCCGCCAAUUCUGUGCAGGAGGAGCGGCAGCAAGAGCUCAUUGACGCAGCGGGACAACGCUUGGCUUCUAAGGCCAUCGACGACUACUAUUCGGGCAGUUGGGUUGCCAUCAGCACCAUCACGUUGAACGGAGAUCUCUCCAGAGCUGCA